CGGGGUUAUCCCACUUUGCCGAGAGCUACCUCGCUGUAUCUAGGUACAUAAAUAUGGUUCAAGCUUCCGAACCUUGAAAUCUUGAAUCCUAAAAGGUCAUAGCUCCCACAUGCUUAAUUAUUUAAACCGCCGCCAUCAUAAAUCAGAUUUACAGGGUAUAUAUCUCUGGAUCACGGCGAAAUGUAAACCGUUAAAAAGGAAUUUAGUUGAAGGAUAUCGCGCAUAUAUAUUAGUAACUACCUACAUAUGCAUCGGUUAUAUGUUCAGGCGGUGAGACCCGCAAUGAGUUCCGACCUGGUACAUGCAGACUUAGAUACCUCAAAACCGGGAUCUGGGGUAUAAAAUAAUACAUGUAUCGGUACUGAGAAGCAUGUACAUGCACGUAUUGACUAGAAGAACUCAAGUCUUUUUUAAUAUCGAUAUUGGGCUUACACUCAACCACAAACGGGUCAAGUCACAAUGGCCUUCACAAUGCACUCCCACUCGGGAGAAUUCUGCCCGGGUCACGCAAAAGACCAACUUGAAGAUAUCAUCAAACAUGCUAUUGGUCUGGGUUACACCACUAUCGGUCUUACUGAACAUAUGCCCCGGACAGGUCUUGAAGAUCUAUAUCCUGAGGAACUCGACGAACCCCAAGCCUCCCUAGCCGUCCUAUUCCCCCGUCACGAGGCCUACCUCCUAGAAGCCCAACAUCUGCAAACAAAAUACGCCUCACAAAUCCACAUCCUAAUCGGCUUCGAAGGAGAAUGGCUACGACCCGAGGAAUACGACGGGCUAAUCAAACGUCUCUCCUCACACCCUAGCAUAGACUACUUCAUAGGGAGUCUACACCACGUGAACAGCGUACCCAUCGACUACGACUCUUCAUACUACGCCAAAGCCGUCGCCUCGGCGGGAGGAACUGAGGAACAGGCCUACGCUCGGUAUUACGACCAACAGUUCUCCAUGCUAACAACCCUAAAACCACGCGUCGUAGGCCAUUUCGAUCUCGUCCGCCUCCUGAGCUCGGAUCCGGGCCGUGAUGUCCGUGCUGCGUGGCCGCAGGUAUGGGAGCGCAUACAGCGAAACUUAAAAGCCGUCGCGGAGUACGGCGGGUGGUUAGAAUGCAAUAGCAGUGCCCUCCGCAAAGGCCUCGCAGAACCGUAUCCCAGCCGGCAGAUCGCGGAGGGGUGGUUAAAACUCGGUGGGCGGUUUACGUUAUCGGAUGAUAGCCAUGGCAUUGCGCAGGUUGGGACAAACUACGCACGCGCACUUGAUUUCCUCGCUAGUCUGGAUGUUUCCAGUGUGUGGACGUUACGGCGGGAGCCGCAUCCAGGUCCACUUGCCGAGGGGAAGAAGGCUCGUCUGGUAGAGGUAGAGGUGCCGCUUGAGGGCAUCAGGGAGGUUGUAAGUAAAUGGGCGUAGAUCAAUCUGAGAAGAAAAUGAGGGAAAUGUGUGAUAUUCAAUCAAUCUUUUUCUAAGUGGGCAUUCGUGGGACUUAAAAGGCGACGGGGUUAUAAAAGCGAGGACGAUGGAGGUAUAGAAAAGAGGCUUGAUGAUCAAUCACGCAUAUACCCAUGGGAUAUAGAUAAUUCAUUCGAUUAUUUUCACGAAGCAUCAUAUCGGGCAGAGUCUUACCUGCUGCGAAGUAAUACGGUUAAGCACCUACAGGACACAAUUGGCAGCGAAUGACUAUAGUUUACAUCAUAAAAUGUAUUGAUU